CUGCUUUAACUAAAUAUAGCAUGAUAGUUAUUAAGUUAGAGACUUGCUACAUCAGGAAAUAAAAAUAAAACAAAUCGUUCAUUGGAUUGGUCAAUUAGUGCUCAAUGUUCUUGCAUAUGAUUGGUUAAAUUAACUUGGAGCUUACUAGAAAUCUUUAGAACUUUUAUUAAACUUAAUUGAAAAUCUUUAACUAAUAUUUUGUUGGAUUUUUAAAAUUAUCAUUACACUACAGUACUUUGACUUAAAAUACAUGAAUUAACUGGUUUCAUAGGAAAUAACAAUGUCAGGAGUUGGAUCUACAUCAAAUGCGUCUAUUCAUCGUAAUGCAAAUGAUGAUGGAAAAAGUAGAAGUCGUUAUUUCUUACAUCAUCAUGGCCCAGAUCAUUCUCAAGGACGAUCUUUGAGUUCCUUCAAGCAGCAUAUGUCUAGUAGUGCGUUAGGUCAUUUAAUAUCAAAUGCUAGUCAAAAACAUCUAUCUCGGCAACAUAAGACAACUCAUCGAUUUAAAUACUCCAGUGCUGGUAGUCUGUCACAUAAUCAAGUACAUUCACAUAAGGAAAGCAAUAAUCAUUAUAAAACUGAUGAUAGAGUUUUUGAAGUUCUUCUAAAAGGACAUGUUUUUGUACGUGCAACUUGUUCCCGACUUCGAGAUCUGUGCGAAUUCUGUCUACAUUCAGUUCAUGGUCACUCAUAUUUAUAUUGCAGAAAUUGUCCCGUCGUAAUUCACAAUAAAGAUAUUUGUCAAGAACAUCUUACCAGAGUGUGUCCUGCUCCAGAAAUAGGAGUUACAGGAUGGGGUGAAGGAAAUUAUUCAAUUAAAUUUGAAGAAAGCUCACUAAUAGAUUUAGAAGCAGUAUUCCUUUCAGCACUACCUGGCCUUCAGUCUAAUAAAUGUUUCGAAUGUGGAUGUGUAUUAGAUUCACACAGCGGACAUGAACUUAAAACAAAUAAUAAAAUGAAUGAAAAUAUUUCAUCUAAUAAUAAUAAUAAUAAUCACAAAUCAAUGAAACGUCAGAAAUCACACAAAGAAGUAUUUUCACACUUACGACGUGUUCGUUCUCAUCAUCAGUUCAGUCAAAUCGACAUUACUCCACAAGCUACAACUAUGCGUAUUUGUCAUAUGACUGGAAAAUAUUAUUGCGAACGUUGUCACUGGGAUGACACUUGGUAUGUACCAGGUUCAAUAUUCCUCCUAAACGAUACAUCUAGACAACCUGUUUGUCGUUCAGUCUACAUUAAAUUGUGCGUUAUUUGGGAUUCUUUGAUAUUGAAAGUUCCAGCUUAUUGGCAUCGAGAUAACCUUGAGGCUGGAAAAGUUUACGAGAUUCGCACCAAAUUACAACCACUUUUACGCUACGCAAUGUUAUGUCCAGAGGCUUCUUCCAUAAAGGCUAGUGCUGAACUUUCCGGACCAAGCUAUUUGUUGGGUAAUCCUGAUUAUUUUCGUAUGUGUGAUGUCCUUGAUGUACUCAAUGGAACACUUUAUUCCAGAUUAAAGGAGUAUCUGAAAAUUUGGUUUGAGCAUAAAACACACUGUGAAAUUUGUAAUGAUACCGGAAAAUCUAUUGAAACGGAUGAUGCAAUAUGGCUUGGUAACAAACCAUCAUAAUGCGAUUACGUUUAAAAUGAUUUUUUUUAAAAUAAAAAACAGCCACAACAUGUUUUCUUCAUAGCGAUAUUAUGAUACUGUUUGUUUGUUAGGCUGGUAGGUUGGUUUUUUUUUCAAAAAACCACAAAUUUGUUUUGUACAAUUAUUUGAAUUACAUAUUUUUUUACAUCUUUACUUAUUCAAUAUUGAUUGAUUUAAUAAUUAAUUAUUAAAUGUUCAAUGAAAAAAAGAAACUAUUUUUGUUUUCUUCUCUAAACUGUACUUUUAAUUUUAUUUUUUCUUUCAAAGAAUAUUGAUUUUCGAAUUAAUUGAUUUAUUGAUUAUUUAGAUAUUUUGUUAUUUUACAAAUAAAUUAAAUAAAUAAUUAAAUAAAUAAAUAAAUAAAUCAUGUUAUUGGAAGAUGAUCAGUUGAAAUCAACAUGGAAUAUAAUAUUUGGUUGGUUGUUUGUUUGUUCGUUUUUUGAAUAAAGAAGCUUGUGAAUUAUACUUAGACAGUAGAAUCAUAGUUUAAUUCAUUAUUUUGUAGAAUAUUUCUAUUAUGUAAUAGAAAAUAUGUCUUUAUUGUGUUUUAAUGAAAUGUUGUCAAUAUUCAAUAAAUGUAUUCAGAUCUUUAAUAAAGAAAAUCUAUUAGAAA